AUGUACAACACCCACUCAGACAUUUGGGUUGCCGGAGCUUUCGCCGCAGUGGUCGUUGAUUUCAUAGUCUACCCCUUCGACACACUAAAAACCAGAAUUCAAUCACCAAAUUACGAGCAAGUCUUCAAAGAUGUACGCAGCGGCGCUAUUAGACGCGAUGUUCUUUUCCGUGGUUUAUACCAAGGGGUAUGGAGCGUGGUAUUCUCCACAAUUCCAUCAUCAGGAGCAUUCUUCACAACCUACGAAGCAGUAAAAAGUACACUGCACAAUUCAUCAACCUCGACCAAAAAGACAACCCAGUUUCAUACGCAGUACUCAAACACGACUCUCAAACUACCCUUCACCCAUUCCCUCCCAACACCAAUAAUCCACGCCAUCGCUUCAUCAACCGCAGAGAUGGUCUCCUGUCUAAUCCUCACACCGGCAGAAGUCCUAAAACAAAACGCACAAAUGGUCCAGUCUUCGCAAAUGUCUAACCACUCGCACAAGCACAACCAAGCCCCAAAAAAUAGUACAAACGUGAAAGCCAUGCGUCAAGUACUCUCCCGCUUUAGGUCUCGACCCUGGCACCUUUGGAGCGGAUAUACCGCGCUAGUCGGCCGUAAUCUCCCAUUCACGGGCUUACAAUUUCCACUCUUCGAGUAUCUGCGUGCUAAUGCGAUUGACUGGCGACGGAAACGAAGGGCAAGAGCGAGAACGACUCGGAGACUCGACGGUGAUCAAGCAGCGGCGGAUGCGAGUAGUAGAUCUCCGGAUGGGAUGAGGGAGCAACUUAUUGAGCGGGCUGGGGUGACGGGUGCUUCGGCUUCGCUGGCUGGACUUGUUGCUUCGACGGUUACGACGCCAAUUGAUGUUAUCAAGACACGGGUCAUGUUGUCUGCCAGUGAGGAUGGUGGGGCUGGGUCUAAAGACAAGAAGGGCGCUGAAGGAAAGAGGGUUUCUGCAGGAAGUAAGAAAGGGACGAUUGCAGUUGGGAGGGAGAUCGUACAGAAAGAUGGCGUGAGAGGGUUGUUUAAAGGUGGUGCUAUUCGCGCUGGGUGGACAGCUGUUUCUAUGAGUUUGUAUUUGAGUCUUUAUGAGGGUGGGCGGUUCUAUUUGGAGAAUCGCAGGAAAGCGUUGGAGGGUGUUGAUUGA